UCAUGAAAAUUGCAAUAUUAAAUUUUAAGGAUGUUAGCAACAAAUGUAGCAAAAGCAACAAAAAGGAAAGAUUGGCUAUGACUGAAGUGAGAAUAUAUGCAAGUAGAUUAAAAUUUGGAUUAGAAGCUGAAGAAGAAAUUAAAGAUACAGGAAUUGGAUUGGGAAUAUUAAGUUAACGAAUUGGUAAAGUUAAAUUACAAAUAAAGAAAGAAAAAUCAAUUUGUUUAAGUAAGAAAUUAUAAUAAAGACUGACUCGAACAAAAACUCAAUCGGGUAGUGGCAUAGGGAGGAUUAACAUCAAGCAUUGCUUUUACACCUACAUAAGAAAUAGAAUUAAUAAAUCCAAAGGCUGGAGAUUUGUCAAAAGUUCCUAAUUAAUAUUUUAAUAGAGAAUCUGGGUUUAGAACUGUUUUAAGAAAAGAAAGAGAAUAUGGUAGAUAGAUUUGAUUAGAUUUAUUUUUCAAAAACAUAUACUUUUACUUAACAAUUAAUUAAUAUGUUUGUUAGUUUUAUUAAAAUUCAAAGUGUUGAUAAUGGAUGGCAAAUUUUAUAAUGAUUAUAAUAAAAAGAGGUAUUAGAUUGUUUAAUUAUAAUUAUAAUUAAUUUAAAUAUGAUAUAAAGUUCCACUCGUAACCGUUCUGAAUAACUAAUCUAUUAACGCAGAUAAUAAGAAUAAUAGGUUGGAAAGUUGAACACUAAGCUAAGAUAGGAACAAUAUGAAAAAACAUUUGCAGCUUGGGAAAAUAAGGGAAAGGAUGUUGCCAAUAUGUAAUAUACUAAAAACAGGUUUGCAUAAUAUUAUAUUAAUAGAUUACAAUAGAUAAGAGCUGAUGCUGAUGCACACAAAAAUUAACGAAAAGAAAAAUUGGCUGCAUUGUUAAAUGCUGAACAUGAACAAUAUUAAUAAGAAAUCAAAGCCAUGGUUGAAACUCCAGAAUAGGUUAAGGAGAGAAUGAUGAAAGAAGUUGCAGAAUUAAAAUAAAGAAAAGAAAUUGAGAGAUCUAAGUAGGCAGAAG